CUUGUGCUACCUCUGCAAAUUAUAUUCUCCGACCUCAUUUCGCAGCAAGCCUUCGUUCCCAACCACAACCUUCGCCGCCAUGAGCUGCUUCGAUUCCAUCCAAGACCCUUGAUAUUUCCAUAGAAUCCAAAUAAAUAGAAAUAUUUUGGUUUUCUUGGCAGCAGACAACAUCAGAAUUCCUUCAGUCCGUGUGAUUCUGCGACUCCUGAAAGUCGUUGGUGGAGAAAGCGGGUCUCAUAAUCGCCGCCGGAAGGACAAGCAUCUCUAUCAGAAAUUUACUUCCAUUUGUCUCUGGACUCAAUUUUUCUCUAUUUUAUAUGGAAUGUAAUUAUCACUCAGAACACAUUGAUUACAGUUUCUGUGAAUCAUGCCUGGCCUAUGCUUCUAUAAGUAAACAAUUUCUAAUGAACAAAAGUAUUCUUCUUUGCUGCAGUGAAUACACUGAUCUUACUCAUUUUAUGUUUUUGUUCGUGAUCAAUCAACCAUUAUCAGCGGGCUGUGUGUACAUUUAUGGGGUUUGCUUGCAUGUGCUCCUCAUGCUUGUUAUUGUUUCACUUGUCCUUUGAGCAUUCUGAAUCCUAAAAAAUCUUGCAUUUUUCACUCACAGAACAGCAUACAUCCUUAUUGGUCUUUUGGCUUUUGGGGCUAUAUUGGGUUUUCCUCUUCGAUGUAUUUUCUUGCUCAGUGGAAUGUUAGGGUUUUGGUGAUGUACUAUUUAAGACGGUAAUUGGGUGUUUUUGAGCGAGGACUUGUGUAAUCUGUGAGAAACUAUGCUGCGUAUAUGACUGAAAUCAUUGAUAGAAUAAAAUCAAGGAGCCCUUCUUCGCUUGUGUGCAAAAAGAGUUUGAAAUUGGGAAACAGCCUCUUCUGCAAAGCAGGGGUAAGGCUGCGUACAUUUGGCCCUCCCAGACCCUGCAGUAGCAGGAGCCUUGUGCACUGGGUUGCUCUUUUUCUAUUCUCAAUUGCAGUUUCAUUAUGAUGGAUGGGUGGACAGUGUCGAGAAGACUGAAUAGGUUGGACCCUGUGCUACCCUUGUUUUCUCUGUCAGUUUUGGGCUGCAGAAUUAGAAAGCCUCUUGAAGUGGGUAUGUCGUAACAGGCAAAAUCUUAUAUGUUCUGUAUUGUGAGGGGGGUGAAGAAACCCUUUCAAUGCCUCCACUGGAAAAACGGUUAUGCUUGUUACUCAUGCAUGAAACCUUUUCUAUUACCCUAUGAAAGCGCAGUUUUACACAAAGUCUCCAUAUCCCAUUGUCAGGCGGUCAAAGCAGGAACUAUCACAGACACCUACACUGCCAACAACAUCUUAAAUUGGUACAUGAAAUGCGAAGAUGUAAAUCAUGCUCGCUAUCUGUUCAACGAAAUUCACCAAAGAGAUUCGGUUACUUGGAAUUCGAUGAUUACAGGCUUUGUAAAUCAAGGAGACUUUAAGACUGCUUGGGAGUUUCUGAAAACCAUGAAGAGAGGGGGAUUCACUUUGGAUCAGUACACCUAUGGAAGCAUUCUGAAGGGAAUUGCUAGUGAGGAUUGCCUUGAUCUCGGUUUACAAGUGCAUGCAGUCAUCAUUAAGACUGAUUAUGCAAAGAAUGUUUUCUCAGGAAGUGCACUUUUGGAUAUGUAUGCAAAAUGUAAGAGAAUUAAAGAUGCCCAUGCUGUGUUCCGACACAUAUCGGAGCGUAACUUGGUCUCUUGGAAUUCUGUCAUUGCAGGGUAUGCUCAGAUUAGUGAUCAUAGGACUGCUUUUUGGCUACUUUAUUGUAUGGAAAGGGAGGGGCUAGGCCCUGAUGAAGCGACUUUCGCUACCCUUCUUACCUUACUUGAUGACCCUGAACUCUAUAGAUUAACUAUGCAAAUUCACUCUAAGAUUAUAAAACAUGGGUGGGCAUCUGACACAAUUGUGUGCAAUGCAGCAAUCACGUCAUAUUCUGAGUGUGGAUCCAUUGAAGAUUCCAAAAGCGUGUUUGAUGGUAUUGAAGGAGCUCAAGAUUUGGUGACAUGGAAUUCCAUGCUGGCAGCAUAUGUUUUGCAUGAUUGUGGGACCCUUGCUAUAGAACUCUUCAUUAGAAUGCUAGUGCUUGGGAUUGAACAAGACAUGUACACAUACACUAGCAUUAUAAGUGCCUGUUUUGAGAAAGAACAGCAAAGCCAAGGAAAGUCCAUGCAUGGAUUGGUAAUUAGAAAAGGUUUCGAGCAAGCAAUACCAAUCUCUAAUUCAUUGAUUGCGAUGUAUCUAAAAUUUAAUGACAAGUCCAUGGAAGAUGCAUUAAAACAUUUCCAUUCUAUGGUCUUCAAGGACAGGGUCUCUUGGAACACAAUCUUGACUGGAUUCUCACAGAAUGGGUUGAGUGAAGAUGCACUGAAGCUCUUUGGACAGAUGCGAUCUGCAGACCUUGAGAUUGAUUACUAUGCCCUCUCUGCUGUACUUAGGUCUUGUGCAGAUUUGGCAACUCUCCAAUUGGGUCAACAGGUUCACAGCUUAGCCCUUAAGUUGGGCUUUGACUCAAAUGGCUAUGUUGCUAGUUCACUGACAUUCAUGUAUUCCAAGUGUGGGGUCAUCAAUGACGCAAGGAAAUCCUUUGAAGCAACCACCAAAGACAGCUCAAUCACAUGGAACUCAAUAAUAUUUGGGUAUGCACAGCAUGGGCAAGGAGAAAUGGCGCUUGAUCUAUUCUCUGAAAUGCAGGAAAAGGAGGUGAAACCGGAUCACAUUACAUUUGUUGCAGUUCUGACUGCAUGUAGUCACAUUGGUCUGGUAGAAAAAGGUUCAUAUUUUCUAAGAUCCAUGGAAGCUGAUUAUGGGAUUCCACUGCGUAUGGAGCAUUAUGCAUGUGGGGUUGAUCUUUUUGGGCGGGCCGGGCGUCUUGAUGAGGCAAAAGCCUUGAUCAAAUCCAUGCCAUUUGAACCUGAUGCAAUGGUGUGGAUGACUCUAUUGGGUGCAUGUAGGCUACAUGGUAACAUAGAACUUGCUAGUGAGGUAGGGAGGCACUUACUAGCACUAGAGCCAGAAGAGCACUGCACAUAUGUUAUUCUUUCGAACAUGUAUGGCCGUCUUGGAAGGUGGGAUGAAAGAGCUACAGUCAAGAGAGUCAUGAGGGACAAAGGGGUGUGGAAGGUUCCUGGCUGGAGCUGGAUUGAGGUGAAGAAUAAGGUUCAUGCAUUCAAUGCUGAGGAUCGCUCACACCCACAAUGUGAAGAGCUCUAUCAGAGACUUGGAGAGCUGAUGGAUGAGAUUCAGAGGUUAGGUUAUGUUGCAAGUGUUGAGUGUGAGAUGCAUGAUAUGGAUUAUGCAUGGAUGGAUUCUGAGUCAUAGAAUUGACCUCAAUCUUGUUAUGGAUCUUUAACUUACAUUUUUAGGACUGCCAACCAUGUAGCUUAUCCAGAUGCUGCAAUAGCAGCUAGUUUUCCCCCCUGGCUCGGGGAAUACAAUUUUUUUCCUUUUAAGGGAAAAUGUCUUGCAUGGCUCCUUUUUGAGAAGCCUCUCUAAAUGGUUCACAUUUUUUAGCCACAUAAUGACUGAUG